AUGAAGAGAACACAAUAUGCCUGCGAUCAGUGCAGGAAGUCAAAGAGGGGGUGCGACGCUCCGCCUUUGGAGAUUCCUGGAAAUAUGGACCCUCUCCGUGAUGGAAAGAUGAUCGUAGGAGAGAAGCCACCCCUAGCUCAAUCAUCACCGUGUUCGUACUGCACUAAGACUCAUAAAAAAUGUACUAUGAACUGGGCGUGGACGCAGAUUCAGAUUUCUUAUGCUCUUGCUGCGGCUGCGCGUGGAGAACCUGGUAUUGAAUGCAUUGUCCCCUCGAGACGGGAUUCAACUUCUACACGACGAGAAUCGACAUCGACUGAGAAUACGCGCGGUACACCGAAUUCUAUUAUUCCGGAUGAUAACAAUAGCUUUGAUGCGCAAUCUUUUGUUUCGCAGUCCCUCCCUCCCGUUCCGGUCUUUUCAGAAAUCGCCACCAGUCUAGACGCCCCCUCAUUUCUCGACAAUUCACUCGACGCGCUACCAUUUGAAUUUGUGCCUGAGCAGACCGAGCCGCUUGACUCUAAUUUUUACGGCAUUCAGUUCAAGGACCUCACUGCGCCUGAAGAACCGUUGAGUGAACCUUGGGAGUUCUUCAAAGAUUCGACUGUUCCGCCUGAACUUCAAUUCGACGCUGCAUCCAUGUCGCAAUUUCCCAUCGUUAGUCCUACGGAACCUGCACAAUCUCUCAUCGCUGUCAGUCCGAAUAACGAAAGGGACUGGAGAAGAACGAAACGACGUCGCGUGUCAACUGCAUGGAGCGAUACGCAGAGCAGUUCUUUGUCAUCGUUCACUAUGGAUCAAUCGAUGAUGACAAAGUCCAACAACCAGAUGAUCUCAACGAGUCUUUUACAGAUUUAUCACGAUGUCCUGGAGCAUAAUUUAUCGUGCUGGUUGAACGAAGUUACAUGUCCAUUCGGCCAGCAGCAGAAGAACUUGACUAAAGCAGGAAGUCUUGCAGAAUGGGGAUCGUCAUGGACGAAUCGAGUUCUCCGACGAACCAUGAAUCUCGACCGCGUGGCUCAAUCAACGCAAUUGAUCCACAUGACGCGCCAACAGGACUCAGCGACUGCGAAAGCUCUUCAUCUCUCUAUCAUGGCGUUCGCGACGCAAUGGGCUCAAGGGUCACGACGGCAUAGGGAACGAUAUCCCUCACUAGAUGAUAUCGCAGAAGAGAACCCAUUGAAUGAGUACAUGGAUGACUUUAAGGAAGAAUUCGAUCGUCAUCUCCAACGAAAUAUCUGGGAUCAAGCUCGACGCGCUCUAGAUGACGUCGCAGACGUAGAAUCAUACCGCGUCGUCUGCGCCGAGAUGAUCUUCGGUCUCACCCAAAAACCUCUUGAUCCCGAAGACACAGAGCACAGCGACGUAGAUACAUCGGGUUGUUUCGAAGACGUAUACGACAUGCAAUCCGUCGCCGACGAAAUCGCCAGUAUCAUCGAAAACGACGGUCCCCCAAUCUUCAUGGAACGCGCCGCCCGAAAAAUGCACACCUUGAAAUACCGCUACGACGCCGAGCGAAAAGGUCUCACCAAGGGCCGCAAGCGCGCCAAUCUCGUGUCAUCAAUGAGCAGUGAAGACGCCGGUACCGUGAGUUUAUUAUACUGGUUGACAGUCAUGUUUGAUACGGUUAGUUCGACGAUGAGUGAACGACCGCUUGUUGUUGUGGAUGCGAAUAGUCAGCAUGAUGAUGCGCGCGGUGAUACGGAUUGGAAUGUUCCGCUUUUUAUUCAGGAUAGUCUUGAGAAGCCGAGACAGAAUUUUCAUUGGCCUUGUUCGUAUGAAGAGGCUGCUGAGGCUGUUACGAGAUCAGCGCCGGUUAAAGUCUUGAUGUUUCGGCAUGUAGCGUAUUUGCAGAAUCUGCUGAGGCAGGGAGAGACGGGGGAGAAGGUUGAGGAGUUUAUUGAACGGUCUGCGAGGGUUUAUCGAUACUGGAACACGACAUAUGGCACGUUCUUUAGAGAACUUCUUCAGAACUACAACUCCAUACCAGGUCGUAUCCAAAGCUGGUUCAUCUGCAUCUGCGCCCACUGGAAUCUCGGCGUUCUUCUCCUCGCCGAUCUAAUCCACCACAUCGACGAAAACGCCCUCGGUCUGCCCUCCCCCAGCCAAUCCCGCAACAACUGCAAAUGGGUGAUGCGGAUCCGCGAGCGCAGCGCCAAAGAAUUAUCCGACCUAGCGCGCGUGACCGCCCCAGACAACACGGCCUCUAUCGUGCCAACGUUAUCAGAAUUUCACCACGCUAUUAAUCAGUGCAUGAUUUUAACAGAACCGUGGACGGUUAUUUUGAUAAGGGCGUUUUCGAAGGCGGCGAAUUAUUGGAUGGGCGAGGUUAAUGAGCUUUUGCAGGUUGAUAGGGCGGGGGAGGAGUUGGAGGAGAGGUUGGGGAGGGGGGAGGAGUGUAUUAGGAUUUUGUGGAUUUUGGGGAAGAAGAGUGAUAUUGCGAGGAGGUGCGCUGAGACGUUGAGUAGGGCGAAGACGAGGUUGCCGGUGUGA